AUGGAGUUGCCAAGUUUCCCCGCACCGUCCAAUGAUGUCUCCCUCAUCGGGACUCUGUAUUCGCCAGGUGCAGGAACUCGUCUACCAAUAUGGCUCUUGGCUCUUUGCGGGACGUUUACAGCCAUCGCCACCGGUGUCUCGAUCAUGAGCAUCACGCUGCAAUUGAAGAACUACCGAAAGCCUUCACUCCAGCGAUACGUCGUCCGCAUCAUGGUCAUGGUCCCAUUAUACGCUAUCUCAUCACUCAUCGCCAUCUUCUCACUUGAAGCUGCCUUCGUCAUUGACGCCGUUCGAGACUUAUACGAGGCCUUUGUCAUUUACACCUUUUUCCAACUCCUCAUCACGUAUCUCGGUGGCGAGCGAUCCCUCCUCAUCAUCCUACAUGGUCGUCCGCCAGCCCCACAUCCGACACCGUUCAAUUGGAUCUAUAAACCGAUGGACGUCAGUGAUCCGUGGACAUUGUUGAAUCUCAAGCGGGGUGUCUUGCAAUAUGUCCAGGUUAAACCCUUCUUAGUCAUCGCAACCAUCGUUCUCAAAGCUACUGGCUUGUACCAAGAAGGCAGGUUCUCCGCCGACUCGGGAUACACCUAUGUCAGCAUUUUGUACAAUGCUAGCAUCUGUUUGAGUCUUUACUGUCUCGCCAUGUUCUGGGUCUGCGUCAGUCGAGACCUGACGCCGUUCCGCCCGGUCCCCAAAUUUCUCUGCGUCAAAGGCAUCCUCUUCUUCUCCUUCUGGCAAGGCAUCGCAGUCUCCCUGCUCGUAGCCGCGGGGCUCAUCAAGAAAGUCGGUGUCUAUACCGAUGCCGAGCACAUGUCUCAAGCGCUAGUCGAUUCUCUAAUCUGUUUCGAAAUGCCAAUCUUUGCCAUUGCACAUCAAUAUGCCUUCCGAGCAAGCGACUAUAUCGACCCAUCUCUCAAACAUCAGGCCAGACUUCCCUUUACCUACGCCUUGCGCGAUGCGUUUGGACUCAAAGACGUUUGGGAAGAUUCCAAAGACACAUUUCGAGGUCAAGGAAUCUCAUACCAAGCGUAUGAGCCAGCCGAAGGUGCACUUCACUAUGGUCUCGGAAGGCAAAAGCGGAUUCGAGCUGGUCUUCGAUACUCCAAAGGUGGGAAAGCAAAAUAUUGGCUCCCUACCCCAGGUUCUAGCCUGACUCGAGGCGAACGCGGUCCUAUCGCAUCGCUGAAGCGCAAAUUGGACAAACGUCGAGCCGCGAGAGAAGGGUAUGCACCAUUGUUGCCUGAGCAGGCUGCUCGUGUAGUUCACGAUGACCCGGAGGAGUCGAACGACGGUUUCCAUCGACCAGAAUGGAGUGGACUCUCCACUGGCCUGUUCACUCAGAGCGAUUCGGAUGGAUCAGACGCGGCCAGUCUGGACUUUGAUUCCGUGACUGACGAUGAGGACAACUCGUACGAACGAGCGAGAAGAAUAGGAUAUGCCGGUUUCCCCAACAUCGAUGUCAGUCAGGAAGAGGCCAAACGAAAGCGAUGGGAGGAAGAGGAGGCUAUUUUGGCUGGACGACGAAACGAUCGAACGCCUGGACCGAGUCGACAGGGGAGCUCGUCAAAGGUGCCCACGACGGAGAAUGGCAAGGGCAAGGGAAAACAGGCGGUCUACGGAGCCUGUGAGUGGUAUGAUACGCCAGGCAAUUCGCGCCAAGUGUCAAGUUCGUCCAUUAGAGGGCGUAAUCCUACCGGUGAAGGCGAUUGGCUGGUCCCAGCACAACAAGUGGACCAAAAGACGAGCAAAAAGAGCCGUCUGGACAAGCUCAAACCUCCCAUGCGUAGGAGUCAAUCCAACAAGUCGAAGAACUCGGCGUUCGCGGUUGGAGAAGACAGUGAUGACGAGCCGCCCGAUACAAAGUCACAAAUCAAGCGGCUGCCAUCCGAUGCCAGAGAUCUAGUCGUCGAGGACCCAGAAGCAGUCGAAGAGGCUAGAGCGAGAGAGCGACGUCGCGGUGAACCUCAGACGAAAGCUCCCGCACAUAUCUAUGUUCAUCGUCAUUCUCCCGAGUUACAGCGUGUGCCCAGUCCCCGAAAAUCUUUGGACAAACCGAAUGGCAAGAGCGAUCCCAAGGAGAGUGACCCAGUGGACAUUGAAGAGGUCUAUUCUCCUCCUCUGCCUGAUGAACAACCCGUCUCGGAGAGUGUGGGCGAGAACAAGCCCAUCGCAGAUGAGAUGGAGAGGAUAGAGCAGAUGAAACGGGCCAUAAUGCCCACUCCUCCUGCUAGUAGACAGACGACCAUGAGGACCAACUUCUACGACGAAGAUAACCCGUGGGCAUAG